AUGGCCGUAAAUCAGAGCCAUCUGGACGCCACAUUUCCGAUCGUCGUUGACGCUUCUAUGGCAACUUCUAGUUUCCUUAAGCUCGAUCGCUUCGUUCUGCGUCAGUUUAAUAACCCUGCUCACAGUGGGACGAGAAUAUUCUUUGAACCUCAGCUGUUCGAGGAUAAGCUGAACGAGUAUUACAGGGAACGACUCGCUCUAGAGCUAGAGUUCAGAGACAAACCUGCUCUCGUACAAGGGUACGCUGAUUUCUGUAAGCAUUUGUUCAUCCCAAACUUUACAAACGCACGCGUUUCAGUUUGGAAGAUAACACCCGAGAACGAAAUUCUUUUGAGGACGAAAUAUGAUGCCCGCACAGAGAAAGAGGUUCCGGUACUAAUUCGAUAUUUUCCACUUGAAAAAAUCGGUGGUUACGAAAGUUUGCCCGUUGCUCGCUAUCUUGACAUUAUUCUGUAUUCCCGAGAGCAGUGCAUCAAAGAGGCGCUAGCGAUGGCUGAAAAGCCACCGGAGGACCCUGCCCCGUGGCGCGUUGUGAGCAUUAAAGCGCAGGAUGAACCGUAUGAGACUCCCAUGCAACCAAUAACUAUUAUGCGAAACGCAAUCCUGACGGAAGGUGGUAGCAGUGUGCCUUUCGACAGGCAGUUGUACCUUCAAGCCGUUGAAUUUUGGAGUUCACGGGCGAUAGUAAUGUGA